AUGGACCAGAAACGUCUCGCUCAACUCGGUCACCGCCAAACAUGGCUUAGUCCUCAGGAUGCUGAGGGGUUCGACCAAACCUACUCAAGCGAGAUGAUAGGCAGAAUACUUCUGCGUAUCCGGGAGGCUUGUGAUGAAGCAAAGAAGACAUAUUUGCCCACCGAGAUCCUCGUUAUCCUCUACGGCCUCGGAAACCCUGCAAUCGGCUGUCAUAUGGAUUGCACCAAAGACUUCGCUGAUCCUGAUGCAAUAAUCACCCCUACCAUGAUUCUGAAGGAAUUGCCGCCAGACCGAGAUGUCACUUUAGUCAUGCGCAUGUUUACUACGCGCCCCUGGGCACAUAUCUACACGUUGCAAGGAAUACAGCUUGAUAAAGUUAAGAGGGCUUAUCCAGAUGCUUACAGACAAGCCGGCGCGGAUGGAACAUUGAUCAAGCAAUAUUUUACCGAAAAAGACGCCUUGGAUUACCGGAAUUCCAAGAGAUUGGAACUGCAAGCCAUGUACUACCACGACGAGCUUGCGCUCUGGAUUCGACAAUACCCCAAAGACACAGAUGGUACCGCCCUAAUCGAGGACAGAAUAUCACGAUUCAUGAGGGGGCAUCUCGGGGAGUCGUGGCUGCAGACAAUGAGAAAGGAAGCUAUGCUGGCAACGGCGGUGCACUUUCGGCUGUCAAUGGCGUUCUUGACGGAUAACAUGACUGCCCACUUCAAGCUCAAACGCCCGAUGGACGAGACUUGCCUCGAGUGGAAUAUGUCUCGGUGGAUCGAACGCCGAUCUAAUCUCACACGCUCGAACAAAUGGUACGAAUUAUUCAAGAAAUGGAAAGAGAUCGAGACCAGGGCCGGAUUGCUGUGGAGUGGAUACACCCGAUUCUGUCUCUAUCUACGUGCAGCUCACUUUGAAACAUACUUAGCUGAAGAAGAGAUUAAACAUACACCAGGAAGUAUCAACCUGGUCUUAGCUGACCUCGAGCGUUUUUUUAAGUACAUGCUGAACGAGGCCGAGAGAAUGGCCAGCAUCUGCAAGGGGAUUGUUGACGAGUCGAUACAGUAUGGAGAUGAAACACUGAGGGAGGAUAUGCCUCGAGAACGUUACGAGAGCUUGAGAAGAAUUAUGGGGCAUCUUUCGGAUAUAAUCUAUGAACAGUGCGCAGUGGUGCCCCCAAGGAGUAGCUUUCAGUGA